GAGGUCCCGCCUCUCCCGCCUCCUCAGCCGGGGGCUCCAGGAACACCGGACGCUGCUGCGCAACCGCUCGGUUGCCCGGCCAUGGGUCUCAGUCCUGCUUCAACCCACCGCGAGCCAGCCCCAUCUGCCGCUUGACUGGAUGUGCAGGCAGCCAUCAUGGGCCAGUGCUACUACAACGAGACCAUCGGCUUUUUCUAUAAUAACAGCGGCAAGGAGCUCAGCCUUCACUGGCGCCCCAAAGAUGUGGUGGUGGUGGCCCUGGGGCUGACAGUCAGUGUGCUGGUAUUGCUGACCAAUCUGCUGGUUAUUGCAGCCAUCGCCUCCAACCGACGCUUCCACCAGCCCAUAUACUACCUGCUUGGCAACUUGGCUGCGGCUGACCUCUUCGCUGGCAUGGCCUACCUCUUCCUCAUGUUCCAUACUGGCCCACGCACUGCCAGGCUCUCCAUCAAAGGCUGGUUCCUGCGACAGGGCCUGCUGGACACCAGCCUCACGGCGUCAGUGGCCACACUGCUGGCCAUCGCUGUGGAACGGCACCGCAGUGUGAUGGCGGUACAGCUACACAGCCGCCUGCCCCGGGGCCGUGUGGUCACACUCAUCGUGGGUGUGUGGGCGGCUGCACUGGGUCUGGGGUUGCUACCUGCACACUUCUGGCACUGCCUCUGUGACUUGGACAGUUGCUCACGCAUGGUGCCCCUGUUCAGCCGCUCCUACUUGGCUGCGUGGGCCCUAUCCAGCCUGCUUGUCUUCCUACUCAUGGUAGCUGUCUACACACGAAUUUUCUUCUAUGUGCGUAGACGGGUGGAACGCAUGGCGGAGCACGUCAGCUGCCAUCCCCGCUACCGAGAGACCACACUCAGCCUAGUCAAGACGGUUGUCAUCAUUCUGGGGGCAUUUGUGGUGUGCUGGACACCGGGCCAGGUGGUGCUGCUCCUGGAUGGCCUGGACUGUAAGUCCUGCAACGUUCUGGCUGUGGAGAAGUACUUCCUGCUCCUGGCUGAGGCCAACUCACUGGUCAAUGCAGUGGUAUAUUCCUGCCGAGAUGCUGAGAUGCGCCGCACCUUCCGCCGCCUUCUCUGCUGCAUGUGUCUCCGCUGGUCCAGCCACAAGUCUGCCCGUUACUCAGCUUCUGCCCAGACGGGUGCCAGCACGCGGAUCAUGCUUCCUGAGAAUGGCCGCCCACUGAUGGACUCCACCCUUUAAACCUUGGACUGAGGCAGGAGACUGGAGCUUCAUCUGCAGCCUAUGGUCACUUGCAGAGCCUCUGACUCAAGCCAGCCCAGCAGAUGCAUGGCUCUUCAACACUCCCUGCCCCAGGGACAGAGAGAGUCUGCCUGCCCCUGGACAGAGGGACUUGGGGACAUCUCCGUCCAUGCACCUGGGGAGAGCAUCCUAAUGGGACUUGGCCGUCUGGUUCUCAAUCAUCUCAGGUUUUAGGGUUUUUAACAGACAUUUUCAUAUUUUUACUGUGUUAUCUCUGGAUGUCUGUGGACUGCUGCUUCCUACAUGGUGCUGUAGCUAUUGGGACAGAAGAGGUGAGAGCUGUCCCAGGCUAUACCACCUACUGUUACAGGGUAGACUGUAGGAGUACUGUCUUCCUGAGGCGGCUUUUGGUUGUUUUGUUUUGCUUUUGAGAUAGGCUCUCAUGUAGCCUAGGCGGCCUUGAAUUCACUGUGUAGGUGAGGAUGGCCUUGAACUCUUGAUGGUCCUGACUCCCAAGUGCUAGUACUGAAGCUGAUUCCUUAGAUGUGCUGAGCAGCCUGAGGGCUCACCUGCCUCCCUUAGUACGAGGGACCCCAUGACACAGAGCAAGCCUUUCCACUCUGAGGUUGCAGAGUUGGGGUUUGGUUUGGUUUAGUUAGGAUUUUUUUCUGUUGGUUGGCAGGUGUUUUGCCAUUACUUCAGUCAGUCUGUCCCAGUGUCCUGGAAUCAUGACUCAGGGCUGCCAAGAAUCCUUCAACAUGAAAUCCCAUGGCCCCAGCCAGCCUUGAACUUGCUGCAUAGACUAGGCUGUUCUUGAAUCCAUUGUCUUGCCUCCGAAUUGUAGAUGUUGGGAUUAGAGCUAUAUGCUGCCAUACCCAGUUUUUGUCUCUUCCUGGAGUCUUACAAAUGUUUCUUUCCUUUUGCCUCUGUCCUACCCAGCUCUCUCUUUAAAGAACCUAGGAUGAUUUCUAGUUUGUGCAAACCUUCUCCUUCUGCCUGCCUCACCCCCUUUUUUUUUAGACCCAAAGUCUCACAGUGCAGCCCAGUCCACCCUAGAGCUCACUGUGCCACUCAGGCUAAUAUCAAACUCUCAGGUCUCUUCCUGCCUGGGCUCCCUGAGUGCUAGGAAUGACAAGCCAUAUUGAGCCUGUGUCUGACUGCACAGCUUGGAAAAGCACAGCUAUGCAGGGGGCACCAGAAAACUCCAUGAGGAAGGGCUUCAGUGUCCCUUGGACUUUCUACUUCUGAGUCCCCCAAGACCUCAGAUAUGCCAGGCCUGAGGUUAACUCCCUCCCUCCCUCCCUCCCUCCCUCCCUCCCUCCCUCCCUCCCUCCCUCCCUCGCCAGAGAAGCCUCCUAGCAGGCAGUGUGAGCCAUGAACUUGGCUCCCUGCUCUGCCUCACCAGAGAGGAGUCGGGGUUAUGUUCUCACCUCAGAUUCACAGCCGAGGAACAGCAGGAACUUGAACCUCUGUCUUAUCUGAGGCCAAAUUCUUAAGGCAUUAAAGCAUCUGUUUCUUAAGAACGGAAAACGUCUCUUUCUUUCUACAGUCAGUGCCCGGCUUUUCCCACAGCUAGGACCUUGCACACUCUAGGCAAGUUCCCCAGCACAGAUCUUCUAUCACGUGAGCCAUGUCCAAAAGGAAAACAGUGCAGACCGAACUGAAGGGCUGGAUUGCAGUGGGCCUUUGCUUCUUUGUGGGUUCUUUUUUCUCACUCUUUAUGCCUCUGGUUUCACCCCAUCAGUCACAAGAUAGAAAAAGAAAAAGGGAGAAAGAUACUGAGAUCUGUGAAUCUAAUUUCUUUCUUCCUGUUUCUUCUUUGAGCACAACUACUAACAAACUAUGAUCAACCAACCACACUACCUAUGGGGCCCUAGCAUUCAUACACCCUUGAAAAAGUUUCCAGAAUUCUAAACAUCACACAACCACAGAAACUCUCUGCAGUUGGCAAAACUGUGCCUCAUGUUCCAAGGUGAUAGCCCAGGAACCUCUGCAGCCAGGUGUUCAUUAAGGACAGUGUCCCUGAAGCCAGGUGUCCAUGAAGGACAGUGUCCCUGCAGCCAGGUGUCCAUGAAGGACAGUGUCCCUGCAGCCAGGUGUCCAUGAAGGACAGUGUCCCUUUCCUACCUCCUAGGAGCUCCAGGCAUACUGGACAUGGGUCACUUUAGGGAUGGGUGGAGGCAGCCAAUUGAAUCCUGAUUUGGGGACCUCUGAUGGCCUGCAGAAGUCAGCUCUGUCACCUGUCCUUAGUGGCUGUCCUCCAUCAGCACCAUCCAGAUGCUAUCCAGGGAUUUAUCUUGUCAACCUUUACAUUUUAUUUUCCCUUUUCCACUUAGAGGCAUUAUGCUUUUUUGUUCUUUGAGACAGGGACUCACUGUGUAGCACUGGCUGGCCUCUAACUCACAAAGAUCAGCCUGCCUCUGCCUCCUGAGAGCUGGGAUUAAAGGAAAGUGCCUUGUGAUUUACAGAUUUCUGCACUUGCGUGGAUGCACCUCUGCAUGUGGAGGCUGGAGAUGUGUCAAGUCAGCCCUGAAGGCAGGGCCACCUUAGUCAACAUAGCAGGGUCUCUGUCACAUCCAGAGCUCACCAAUACAGCUAGUCUCACUGGGCAUCUUGUUCUGAGCAAUCCCCUGUCUCUGCCCUCCAAGGCAGGAGAUAUACUCAGGACACUGCUCCUGUCCCCACUUUUAUGUGGAUUUCUGAGGUUCUGAAUUCUGGUCUUCAAACUUGAGUAGCAAGCGCUUUAAAAAGUACUGAGCCAUUGCCCUAGCCUGGCUUUUCCUUGACUUCUCUGCUGUGUGACAUCAAGCUUUUGUCUCUUUUAGACCAUUGGAACUUACAGUCUUCUCCCUCCCCCAGAUCAGGCCUGUGCAGUGCUGGGCCACUGUCUGACCUUUUGUACACUCUGGGCCCACCUUAAAGGCUUCUAUUACUUCCUGUGGCUGGGGCCAAGCCUAGGGUUUUCCUUGUGCUUACACAUUUGAAUUUCUUGCCAGGCACCCCCGGAAGUCUCCAUCUUCCCCAUGCCCCGUCGCCCCCAUACACACAUGCUGCUUGAGUUUCCUCUUCAGUAAGAACAAAAGGCAGAUGACUUGACUUCGCAGUCACACUGACCCUUCACCAAGCCUUCACCUGAAUUCUGUCUCUGAGCAAACAUUCAGGGAGGCUCUGUAUCUCUAGAGAGGGAUUUGUGUGUGUGUGUGUGUGUGUGUGUCCCUUUUUAGGACUCACAAACAAGAGAGACAAAAGGCCUGUGAGAGUUCUCUGUCUUGGGGUACACCUGAGCAUUGAUAUUCGGCAAAGUCUUCAUUCUUUAGCCAUGUGCUAGCAUUUGCUAGACCUGGAAUGCUGGGGUUGGAAGGAAGGACUGGAUCUAAGGAACUCAGCAGGGAGAAGCGCUUCCUGCCAAGCCUGGCAACAAGAGUUCAAUCCCUGGACUCAUGGUAGUAGAGACCCAAGUCCUGAAAGUUGUUCUCUGACCUCCACACUUGGGCUAUGAUGUACAAACACAUCACACUUGUGCUGUGGUGUGUAAACACAUUGUGUGUGUGCAUGCACGCACACACAUACACACAAUGACAAAAUUUUAAAAGAACAAACAGGUUGAGGUCACUCCCACGUUGGAUCUUGAUAAAACAAUAGAGUUAACUUCUCCAGUGGAGAAAGGUACUGGAUUCUAGCUUCCUUCCUGCCAUCUACACAAAUCUACACUUUUCAUCUGUCCCCCCACCCCCCCCAAGCCUGGUAAAAGGGAAACAGAAAGGUUUAGGGAAAGGCACGGUGGAGGGAUAACCUUUUUGUGCACUGUAUAAAGCAUGUCUUCCUAUUACCCAGAUGCUGGUUUUGUUAACACCCCUCUCUCCCCUUCUGACUGGUUUUAAUAAAAAGCUGUUGGCCUAUAGUGAAGCCGGAGACUGCCAGCUCCGGACUUGCAGGGAGAGAUUGAACUCUGAAGGAGUCAGGCUCUAGAAGCCCAACAUGGAGGAAGAAGCAGGCUCCAGUACUAGAGACCGAGAGGUCACAAGCCAUGAGGCAGACAUGGAAUAAUAUAAAUGUGUUAGUAGAAGUUGUACGAGCUAGUUGGGAACAAGCCUAGCUAUAAGGCCUAGGCAUUUAUAAAUAAACAUGUCUCUGUAUCUUUAUUCAGAGUUGGGGUAAGCAUGGAAGGUCCAUACGGUUAUAACAGGAUUCUGGUGACCAGCCAAAGGAGACUAUGCUCGAGGGGCCCAGGACUUAUGGGAAACAGUCAUACCCCUCCAGGCUGGAUAUGGUCAUUGCCAUGUUGAAUCAAGAACUGCGUUCAUUCAUGCAUGACCUCACAAGUUUGGACCACUAAUAUGUUUUUGUACAAAUACAGGACAUAUGCAUAGGACCACUCUCCUCAAUAAAGAUUAUAGACCCAUAAUGAAGGUGGGGGAGGGAAGAUGAUACAUUUCUGCUGGAGCUGCCCAUGCAUUGGGGAGGAACCUCAAUAAAGUCCCUGGUUCACAAAACUGGA